GCCAGUUACGGAAUUCCUUAAGAUUAAGCGCGUGAUUCAUGAAGAAACGGCGUGGGUUCAAAAAGAAUGGUAGAGUAUAGCCAUCACGCUCAUUUUUAAAGAAUUCGCAGAUGAGUUAUUUGUCAAACAUGAAGACGAAUGUAUUGUGGCUGAUGCCAACAUACUACGAGUGGAGCACGUUACUUCAAAGAUUAAGCGGCGCAAUCGCAAGAAGACACUAAAGAAACUUGAAAAAAUCCAGUUCUUCAAUGUCUGUGACGAAUAUUUAGCCUCAAAAUCCCGUGUGCUCCCUAAGGUCCUUCCAGAAACUCUUCCCCAAUCAUGUAGCAACCCUGAAAUUUUAAAUUUCCUAAGUGUCUUUGUAAACAAGUAAGAGAUUUUACUGUGCUCAUGGUGCAUUGAUACAAGAACAAGACAAACCUUUGUUUGGAAUUAAGUGGAUGAACAUUCUUUUGUUCGUAAUGUGCCAUAAGAUAGAGCUUAUGUAGUAAAUUAAUCGUCUAAGUUCUGUCACUUUUGAGUAUACUUCUAGAAGUCAUUUGUUUUUGUCCUUCCUUUCUCCCGUUCUAAACUAAUAUGGAGUCAUAGAAGUGAGUUAUUUGGACAAAGUCUUUUGAAUUUAUUUAACUCAGCUGAACAGCAUUAAGAUCCAAUGAUUAAUAUAGGUGAGGUUUUUUUUUAAUUAGCAACCUCUGCUAUCCUUUUGAUGCAUUUAGAUAUACUCGUGUACGGGGGCUCUACAAUGCUGUAUGUAUGCUGGUUCUUGUGGUGUGAUCGUGUAGGGGCUCGGAUAUGUUUCACUUUAUUCGUUGACAAGACAAGGAGUGUUCAUCAAUAGUAUUCACUUCCUGUCUUUAAGACACCCCUCAUGUUCUGUGCCUACUGCAAGAGUUGACCUGCAAACCAUGACGUAAAAUAUUGUCAGUUUGUCGUGUAGCACUGUGUAAAUUCAUAUUAAAUACUUCCAGAUACCUAGAUUGUUUUGUGGAUUCAAUUGUUUGACAAAUCUCAUUGUGUUUAAUUACUGUUUUAUACCAACUUAGACGACAAUCUAGAUUCCUUUGUCAUAGCAUGUUAUACCUAAUCAAUAGUUGUAUGGUAAGUAAUACAAGAUAUGUAAUUAACAAUACCUGUCUUAUUUCUACUCACAUGAACUCGCAGCUGCAAUUAAACCCAAACUGUCCAAACAAAUGUGUCAGUUAAAACUUAUCAGUAAAGUCACCCUUCAAUACAUAAAUCGCCAGGUUUUAUACUUUUCAGCUACAUCGAUGUAUUUGACGCCAAGCAGCUACGAAGAAAACUAUCGGAGUUCUAUGACCCUUCUGCAUACUUGACAUUCCAGAUAGCUCCUUAUGUCUGCCAGUCGUCAUUGGAUAAAUGCUCUGACAAAAGUUACAGACCAAAGUACCAACCCCUUUGGGCCACUUAUGAACGUUUCGCUGUUAACAGUUUGCCCGGUGGGUUCCCUCUUCCAUCAUGGGCCUGGUUUGCUAUUAAAGAGGAGUCCAUGCCUCGAAGAUUAAGAGGCCCUAGCUUAUCGAAACAGGAUAGGAAACUUCUCAAAUCAUUGAAAGGAUAUCAAAUGGGACACAUACAAAGAUUGGUAUCAGUUACACGCUCAGCUUCUAGCGCUCCUGAUCGCUCGAUAGCGAACAUUCCACUCCCACCAAUAGCGCGAAUGGAGUGUCGUGGAAGUGAUCAGGUUUUGGGUUUGCUUUAUCGUUUACCCAAUCUUGUACAUGUAAGAAGUGACAGGUACUCACAUUUGGAUGUAAUUUGGGUGGAAUUACCUUUGAUUUGUGUGCGAUACUCAUGUAUCGCAGCUGAACCGGUACCACAGGAUACACGCCCUAGCGACUUGGAAGGCAUUUCAGAUCAACUGCUAAACAUUGCUCCUUUUGGAAGCUAUGCCAUCCGCUUGGUUUGUCGAAUGCUCAUAUUGCAUCAAAGUGGUAAAAUUCUUCAGGAAGAUUGGUGCGUUACUCCAUUGCCAAGUUCACAUUUACAGGUGAGUUACAUAAUCAUAGUCCUCUUGCUUUAUAAGUACACCGAUGCCUCAAUUUUUGUUAGUCAAGUUCAUUUCGUUUGAUUAAACUCUUUCCUAAAAUUAUCUGGCUGUUGCUUAUCCGGAUGAGUAUAUAUGGAGCUAAUUCCCAACUUCUUGACAGUAUUUUUCAUUUUAGGGACAAGAUAGUGUGCAAAUAGUUCGUGUUAUUUCGAACACUUUCAUUUUUCAAAUUGUAGUUAUUACCUUAAUAUUUUUUAGAGAAAGUCUCGCAGUUUGAUAAUCGUAAUUUAAUUGAUAUCAACGUGUUGUGCUCGGUACUGUAAAGAAAGAUAACGCUUAGAGAUGAUAUUUGUCAACUCCAAAUGAGUGUUAUCGUCAAAUCUCUAAUACUACGGGUAUUUUAUCCAAACAUUUCUACUGGUUUAUUAUUUUCUGAUCCUAGUAAUCCGCAAGCACGACACACAGAGGCAUUUGACUCUUGUCAAGCUUGCAACAGUGACAUCUGGCUGUUUGAGUCGAACUGCUAAAUGCAAUUCGAUAUAGAGGCCGAGAUAUAUUUUCACCAAUAAAAUCAUUACUUUCAAUCUAGUCUAUCAUUGUCGCGUGAAAAAAAUACGAUGCAUUAAAACUUUUCUUGGUAGGUCUACUAUCGAUAAAAGUUACUUUCAAAGUCUAAACUAAGUGUUGAGUUUAUUUUCAUUUAAUUGGACGAAUAAAGAUUCUGUAAUUAGUUUAUCCACCCUUUGCUUCAUUGAUUUCGAUGUCAAGUGUAACAUCAAAAUAAAACUAUGCAUAUCAGUGUAACACCGUUAUCUUGUGAGUUCGAAACAUGCUUCACUUUGUUAUUGGUAAUUGGGUAGUAUUUGUUUUAUUCACACAAAUGUAUCUCCAAGUUGUGGUACGCAAGCAUAAGCCUAAUCAGUUACGGUAAGCCUCCAGUGUAGCUAAGAUAUAAAAAUUUUUUCGUAACUUAAAGCCAUCACAUGAUGUUUAGUUCUUCGAACUUUUAUCUUACCACUUCAAUAUUAUGUUGCUACUUCAAACAAAGAUUCAUCAGCCUUUUACUAUUGUACUUAGUCCGUCAUUCACAACGUAGAACCUGUACGUAUGCCGUACUCCAUUAGCACAUUGAGGUGAAAUUCUUAAACCAGAUCCAAGAAUAGUUAAAGUAAAAACUGUAUCAGUGGUAAUAGAAAAUAUCAGACUUGAGAAAAUAUAAAUUGGUGAAAUAAAGACAAAAAAGUUAUGAGGAAUUUAGAAGCCCAGAAUUUAGCGAAGACAAAGAAGGGAUGCACCUGCGGCAUUCCAAACGAUUUUGAGCCAUGUCAUCCAAAGACUAUUCAUGAGUUACGAUAACCCGGGCAGUAUCACAGCCCUCACACAUACCAAAUGAGGUCUGUGUGGCGCAUAUAUAUAUGUUAAAAUAAUAAUAACACCUAUUAGCAUAGCUAAGUUCAUUUGUCAGAAACUUCAGAGACUGAUGUCAUGUUUUGGUUUGACCGCCCCUAGUUUUCUUCCAGCCUAAUCCUACAUCAGAAAAUGUCUCCCGUCAAGGUAGGGGGCGGAUGGGCACGUAAAACGUUCCAACUACCUCAGUUGAUGAAGACUUAUUACUUCAUCAAUCGAUUUGCCAGCCUUACCUUGUGUCCUAUUCCUAACCCGGUAUUGACAACACCGUGGUCUCAAAAUACACGAGCAAUGCUUCUUAGACACCUAUGACCAAAUACUACUAAUCUACGAAUAUCCUCUAUUUUAAAUGACCAUGUUUCACAUCAAUCCAACUGAGAUUUCGUCAGACACCAGACGAUCAGCACUGAUGUGACUCCGAAGACAAGUAAGGCGGUCGAUGAGUUCAACUACUUCUCUCCCUAUCAUUAAUCCAUGUGAUGACGCAAGCCAAGCUGGAACCAACAUUUUACACUGCAUCCCAAACAUGCUUGCAUUGUUGCUUACUACUGUACUAAAUUCUAUUGAUCGUACUUCACAUUAGAGAGGGAUUUAAAAGCUUCUCUUCAUCUUCAACUAUUUUUGUAUAUAUAACUUACUCAUAAAAUUCAUAUUACUAUUUUUCAGGAGUGUUCACUAGUUAUCACAGAGGCUGUGUCAAAUUUUAUGACUCCAAAAACAUCAUCUGCGCUAUUAUCAACCAUCGAAGCAGGUGGUAUACCGGACGACUCUGUUUGUUCAAAAUUAGUUGAUGAGCUUUCCACUGCAACUGGAAUGAAUAAAGCUUAUUCUUUACAAUGUUUAACUGAGUGCCAGUUUGAUAUAGAUUCUGCAUUACACUCAUUUCAAAAAGUACAUGAAGCUGGACUUUUACCUGCCGAAGCAUUUUCAGUUAUUUAACUAUUCACAUUGUUUUAGUGUUGUAUUUUUGGAAUUUUUCCCACAGAUUUUGUAAAUAUAUUUUUACUUCACUUUC